UCUCUGAAUUUAUGUUAUCAAAAUUAUAAAGCUCCGUUCGACGAAGCCAUCGGGAUUGAUGGAGAACAAUCGUGAAAACCGUGCGCCAGCACACGACGAAGAUCCACUCAUCGAUCAGGCCCGUCGUCUACUUCAAAAUCUUUCCGACAACUGGGUGCCUCAUGAUGCAGAUUCCCGUGAUGAUCUCGACCUUUACAGUCCACCCUCUCCACUGUCCGAGCUGAGCUUCUCGUCCGAUUCGUUCGAAAGUGAUAUCUGCUACGUGCUACCGACGGGAGAUGCUGAUCCAAUUGUGGAGCUUCCCUCAACACCGAAGAAGGAUGCCCAGCGGUCGCGACACCCUUCGCAGGAGCAGAUCGUAUCCCCGCAAGUAAUUGGAGCAGUACUGGAGCACACCGGUACGGUGCUGAUGCAACGAUCACAAGACAACCGCCUGCCACAGCAGCUACGCGAGAUGCAAGCCCUGAUGCGCACCGAUGAGGAGUUACUUCUCGUGAAACAACCGAGCAUGAGAAAGAUGCUUUCACAGCCUGCGUUCAACAGUGAAACGAUCCGAAGGUUUCUCGAUCACUCCGAAACAAUGUUCAACUUGGCGCACGAUGCCAGCUCUGUUAGCGGCCAAAUGGAAGACAAUCGGGAGCCAGAAAGCUCUUCUAAACGAUUCCGUCCAAAGGGAAAAGCAGCAGACGAUGCCACAAAACCAAAGGAUGAGGAUGUGGUAGGCAACGAGUUCAUUGGAUGUUUUAGCCGCAACAACGACAUGGUGAUGUAUAAACGAACCUUAGUGGACCGUAACCCACAACCAAAUGAGGCAGAAACAUCGGAUGAAACUAGAACGUCGAUCGAUAACAUCGAUACACUGAUUGCCCAGCACGCAGAGUGCUUACAGGAAGCGGAAACGAUCAAGAAACCGUGGGUUCAGAUAUGUCGCACUGAUGAAGAUAAUCUUCUUGCUUUACUAACCUUUUCGGCGGAGUCUUCGGCUAUCCUGAAAACAUCGAAUGCAACACUGCAGCAAGCGGACACAAGCGGUGCACUGGAUAAAGCCAUCCUUCAGAUCUACCGCGAUGCCAUUAGCCGCCCAGAUGAGAUGAUAUCACUACAGACGGAAGAAAUGGAUGGGGUUAGCUCCAAAGUAAAGCAACAACCCGAUCAUCGACACGCGCACAAGCAUCGAGAGGAAGCAGAACAUGGUAACUCUCCUGGGUCAUCCAGUUUUGGCCUCGUCAUCAAUGAUUCGCAGAGUGGUAUGGUGCUACAGGGUUCGAGCAAGAAUUGGGCAAUGCAUCCUUUUGCCAGCCAUGCAGUAGAUAUCCUCAAGAACAUUCGACUGCUGGCCGAGGAGUACAUUCUGCGUGGCAGUGAAUCGUCGGUAUCGGUUCUACGGUUUGUGUCCCGCGUGAUCUCAGACAUCGUUCACUUCGAGUGCGGUGACGACGUGAGCCUGGAAUUUCGAAGUUUGUCACUUAUUCAAAAGAUCAAACAGAUCAUCGAUGAGCUUUUGUUUCCUCACGGUAAGGAGAGUGCACCUGCGAUGGUGAGAAACAUAAAACAUACGCUGGAGGAGAUACUGUGCUACGAACAUCAACGACGAACCAUCGAGACCCCAAGCGAGGCAUGGGCUAUCAUCUGUGAUACCUUUGAGCUGGUUGCUUGUGAGCUAGACCACGAAAUCGAGCGACCAGAAGUGUUUCUCGAGGCACUACAGUUGUGUCUUCAGGAGGUGGUGAAUCCUGCAGAUUACCAAGGAUUGCUCCGGGGUCAUUCCAGCGCGCUUACAAGGACAGUACAGCAGGCAUCCGGAUCGACAGAUCUACACAAGAGUACACCGUCCGUUGCAAGUCACUGUGCUGCUGGUUGUUGGAUGGCUUGGUUGCUGUUGAUCUUUUACUCAUUGGCAUCCUGGAUCAGAGCAAACUUGACUCAGUUUGUGAAUUUCAUUCUUCGAAGGCCGGCCGCCCCUGCGUGUCACUCGGUAUCGUUUCGACAAACCAUAACCGAAGACAGUAGCUCUAUCGUAAACGAGUUGCUAGUGAGGCGAGAACAUUUAAAUCAUGUCGUGGAGAUCCUGCGCGUGGCAGUGGCACGAUCGCUAUCAGCAAUGGACGAUAGUCAAGAAUCAAGCGACAACGAGUGUUCGAGCGAUGAGAACUGUCGGUCAGUAGGAGCUAGAACUGUCGAGCUUUGCACGAAGCUUCUACAAGGCGCCGGAAACGUUCAGCUACAGUGUUCUGAUUCUUCCAACAACAUUCACCUACAGCUGAACAGCAUUUCCGGUGAUUUAGUGAAACGACACGCGAACGAGUUCGACACGGUAAGCGGAAGUGUGCGUGAUCACGAGGGAAACGUGGUCGUGCUGUUUGAAGCUCAGCUUGUUGAUAUUGACUCACUGGACGCGGUUGAACCGAUCAUCGAGAAUGUUACCCGCGUCGAAAGGCUUUCGGAUUAUGGUGCAGAAAUCUCGGAAACAACUGUCGAAGCAUCUACGUUGCAAACAGCAGCGGAUCAGGAUGUUGAAGAAAAUGAAAUGAUCGCUGAUUCGGUGAUUGAAGAGCUAGUAUCCGAGGAGUGCAUGGACAAUGCUGGUCAGCAGGGAACAGCAACCACCGACGUUCCGUUGGCCUUGCCAAGCGAUAUGCUAGCAAGGUUAGAGCUAGCAGUGCAGGACUUACUUAAACCGCUAGCACUAUUGGUCCACCGUAUGUAUAGUCGUCUCAAUCUUAAUGAACAAUCCCUGGAGAUUUCAAAUAAUGACGGAACACCUGCUACAUCGAUCGCCGAGGUUGAGAAUGGUAUCGUCGAAUUGCAGAAAGCUGAUCAACUGUCCGUUCCGAUCACGGAAAAGCUCGAAGAGAUCCGUUCUCUGUUCCACGAUGCCAACGAUCGCCUGUCAAUCAUCGACAACGACGUUAGCGCCAUCAAGAUGCAGGUUAACAUUCUGCUUGAAGAACGACGACGGAUUUCCGUCGAAGGAUCAGGUUCCCAAGAUGAUAAUCAACGGGAAAAGACGCGAAGAUCAAUAAAACCACGAAAGAAUAACUCUCUGCCGAAUGGUUCUCGCAGUACGUGCUGUCAGACUGUGGCGAAGCAUACACCAACCUCAUCACACUACUGUCCGGUAGACAUCUACUCCUGCCAUGAAGUCGCACCGGAAGUGAUAGUCAUCCACUGGACUGUGGAUAAGGAUCUCCUGAGUUGCAUCGGUGGAUACCAGAUUUUUGUCGACGAUGUCCUACGCUCGGUAUGCUUUUCCAACAAACGAAGAACUGCUCUUAUUGGAGACAUCGAUCUUCAACAGCAGCAUCACAUCGUGCUGCACGCAACGCCUGAUCCGCUGACGAAGGAAGCACAAGUCAAGUGGGAGCCUGCAUUUUUCUUGUAUCAUCUUUAGCAGUAAUUUUUUUUAUG